AACUCAUUAGACAGUUACAAUGGCCCCCAGAGUUAAACCCGCUGCCCGUAGAAGGGAGACGAAGAGUGAAAAGGAAUUAAGCAGAAGGGAUAAGCAAGGACGAGGUAAACCAGAACCACGUAAACCACCAGCAGCUAGACCUGGAAGGGGUAGAAGAAGAAUAGACAGGAGGGGCAGAGGAAGAUUGGGAAGAGGUGCACAGGAGAAGGUGAGAGGAUGGCUGGCCACGCCGGCCGAUUGGGCACGUUUCAAUGCCUGGGCCAAAAUCAAUGCUCAACCGAAGAAGAUACCGGAGCCAGAACCCAUUGUCCGACCAGCAAAGCCACUAUCAAAGCUAAGAAAAAGAAUGAACCUCUUAUCCGAACCACGAAAAGCAGUAGAUCCCAGCAUCCACUGCAAGCUGGACACAAGUGUCUCAAGAGCAGCCUUACAAGCGGUUGCAUCAAUGCGAACGAACCUACUCGCCCUGCCAAAUAUAAGAUUGAUGGACUACGGACGAGUUUUCUAUCAAAUCUCCCCGACAGCGUUGACCUACGAGGCAUCGCCGAGGAUACUCGCACUAAGUCAGCCCCGUAAAAUCCUCCCCGAGGAAUGUCAGCCUCCCGCAAUAAGCGAGUGCCGUCCACCAUUGGACCAAGAUAGGUUGAAGGAGUUAGCUAUGCAGAAGAAGUUGCUUCACUGUCCUGAACAGCUCACCAAGGAAGAAAUGGAAGAACUGUUUACUCCGUUAGGGACACGGAGGACGGCGCUGAAGUAUCGGAUUACGCCGUGGGUAGAGUUUCUGGCUUUGCCGUCGUACAAGACGAUCAAGGAAAGGAAAGACGAACAGGCGAGAAUCAUGAAGAAAACGAUAAUCAAGGACGGAGAACAGAGAGCGAAGGAGGCUUGGGUGGAGUACAAAAAGAGAAGAGCAGAAGAGAUAAAAGAAGAAAGAAGGAUGAGACGGUUGAGAAAGAAAUUGUGCGAAGAGGAGAAGAAGAAGGAGGAGCAAAGAAAGUUAGAGGAAGAAAGGAAGAAAAAGGGCGGUGAAGAACAGGAGUGUGACGAUUUAGAGUAUCUAGCAGAGGAGCCUGAAGAAAAGAAAGUGCGCGAAGAGAAAUCGAAAGUUAAGAAAAGGGAGAGGUUGAAGAGGAAAAGACGGACUCGAGAUCGCGGUGAUGCGAAGGGAGAAGGUGAAGAGGGUGAAUUGACGAAGGAAGAAGAAGAGAAAAGGAGAAAAGAAAAAGAGAGGAAAGAGAGACUGAGGAAGAAGAGAAAACACGCAUGGAGAUUUGCGCCGCUUCCUUGUAAAGAGGAUCCGUUUGGCGGAGUUGAUGAGUCGACUCUGAAGUAUGAAGCAACUCCUCGCAUGACAGAACUCUCCAAACCGAUAAUCCGUAAAAACAGAGCUAUUAAGACCCACCCUUUCGUCGUCAAAAAAUCUGCCUUAUCCGCGUCUGCCUCCGGCAGGGUGCAAGACUUAGCAAAACCACCAAGACCCCGAAGUCCCGUCGAAAGAAGACCACCUCGCGAGAAGGACGCCUAUGGAAAACCAAUAUUCAAGCUACCUCCUUACGGAAAGAAAUUGCCCAAAACGAAACCCUAUAAAAUGGGCGAGUGCCCGAAGGAGGACAAGGAAAAGAAAAAGAAAAUCAGAAAGCGUCCGAUUGAUCCGAUUGCCUACGAACCAACCGUCGAUCCUUGUAUAUAUCCAGACUUAGCGAAGAAACAGAAAAAAGAGAGGAAACGAGCCGCGAAGCUGCCUUCGGCGAAGAGGAAAAAUAAGAGGAGGGGUAGGAGAAGAGAAGCGAGUCAGAUGAAGGGACCUUCAAGAGUGACUAUAGCCGAAGUUGAAGAAGAAGAAGAGGAGGAGGCGGCAGAGGAAGCGGAGGUGAAGAUAGAGGAGGAAUAAAUACAAAUGAAAAUCAAUAUAAUAGAUAUUAAGAUUUUUAAGGGACAAUAAAAAGAAACCUGUGACUUUGAUCUUAAAAAGUUGUUCAACACCUUACACGUUUUGGAAUGAGUAACUGUUUGCACGUGCAAAUAUAUCAAUGUUAUCGUACGAAUAGAUAAUAAGAUUGCCUUAUUCUGGAUAUUCUGCAUAUUGACAGUAAUACGAACACGUGGCUCAUAUGUUUGAUUUUCUAAGAAUUUCCGCAGCGAUUACAUAAACCGGUGUAACAACGUGCAUGUAAAAGACGCUUGAACGUAAACAAGGAAAAUGCAUUAUAAAUAUCGUGUAAUCUAGUUCAGGGAACAGAUUACACUAAUCAUACCAAUUUCCUAAUCGCAUCGCCUUUACAACGAUAAAACACAAUUACC